AUGACUCCUAAAAUGGUCGCCGGAUUCCGGAGAUCUCUUUCCUUCCCAAACCACCCCAAUUCAUCUUCAAAGCCCAAGAAAACCUUCCAUGUCAGAUCCACCAGUCUUCCCUGCAGAUCCCACCCUUUGAUUUCCCAGCUCAGGGACGACCUCAACGCGCUCAUGGCCGCCUUCUCCUCCUCGCCGGAAAACCGGACCUCCGCAUGGCUCUGCGACAGCUUGGCUCGCCUGAAAACCAUCCACGAGUCCCUGGACGAUCUCCUCCAGCUCCCCCAGACGCGAGAAUCCCUCCACGGCCACGCCGGCCUCGUCGAGAAUCUUCUAGAAGACUUCCUCCGCUUCGUCGACGUCUACGGAAUCUUCCAGACCAUGAUCCUCCGCUUGAAGGAGGAGCACCAAGCAGCCCAGGUGGCCGUGCGGCGGAAAGACGCCGCCGCCAAACUCGCUUCUUACUCCAAGGCCAUCAAGAAUCUGGGCAAGGAAAUGGAGAAGAAGCUGAUACCGAGCUUGCAGUCCACCGCCGGAAAAUACCUCGUACUCCCCAAACAAGUGGUGGCGGUGCCGGACGGCGACGCCGAGGUGGUCGGGGUCAUGAAGGACGCCGUGAAGGUCACCGUGCUGGUCUCCACGGCUCUGUUCAACGGCCUUUCGGUAUCGUUCACGAAAUCGUCGUCCCGGCGGUGGAUGGUGGGGCCGGCGAAGAAAGCGAACAUGGAGGAGGGGAUUGAAGAGUUUAAAGAAAUGGCGGCGCUUUGGGGAGUGAGAAGAAAAGGAGAGGAAGAAGAUGUGAAAAUGGUGGCCAAGAAAAUGCAUGAAAUGGAGGAUUGCAUUGGUGGGAUUGAAAGUGGCGGUGAGAAAGUGUUUAGAAGUUUGAUGAAUGCUAAGGUUUCUUUGCUCAAUGUAUUCACACAAUGA